UCUUACCGAACUUUUCCCUCAUCCCCGCUUGAUUUCUGGGUCGGUGACCUCCGUUUUAAUGCAACUAUUUGUCCACUCGUCCACCUUUCCUUCAACUCUCAAAAGCGUUUCUUUCUUCUGCUUUUGUACCUUUCAAUACACCGCUCAACACACAUUCUUUGAUCUGGAGAACCCUCUUUUUUUUUUUUUGGGACUAUUCUCUAUUAACUCGUAUUGCAAUUCAAAAAAUCAAGAAUUAAUAAGAAAAGGGUAUAGAAAAAAAAAUCCCAGAAAAGUUAUGCAUGCUUUGAAGGACACAGUUUCGGAAAAACUAUCACAGCUUUUUUCUGAUUCCCCUUCUCAGAACUCAGAUCAACAGCCUCAGGCCGGGCAGUUCAUGAAGGAAAGAAAAUCUUGGUCUUCCAUAUUCUCUUUUGGUCUCCCUUCUUUGAGCUUUGAAUGGUUCAGACCAAAUAAUCAUAAAAAUGAUAUCAAACUACAGCAGUCAGAUUCUUUUAGUUGGAGAAGUAAGAGUUUCUCAUUCAAAGACAGACCUUUGGACAGACACUCAGAACCAUAUAAUGAGUACGGGAACAGUGGAUCACUAAGUGUUCAUGAAGAAAAUGGGAAUCAUGUAUCUAUUAGAAAAUUAGAUUUCCAGAAGAAGGAAUAUUCAGAUACCCAUAUUGAGAACGGAGAGCCUGGCUCUGGAAGGAGCACAACUAGUUGUGGUUCUGAUAUCUUUGAAGAUGCUACUUGUCCAAAUAGUUUUCAGAGGUCAUUGUCCAAUCUUACUGAUGAUUCUGUCUUCAUAUCUCCAGACCUAUAUGAAUUUUUUGAGUCAUCCCUUCCUAAUAUAGUAAAAGGUUGCCAAUGGACCUUACUAUACACUACUGUGAGACAUGGUAUAUCACUUCGUACACUCAUUCGCAAGAGCGCUGAGCUUUCUGGUCCUUGCUUGCUGAUUACUGGUGAUAAUCAAGGUGCUAUAUUUGGUGGGUUGCUUGAGUGCCCUCUGAAGCCCACUGCAAAGAGAAAGUAUCAGGGGACAAAUCAAUCAUUUGUAUUCACAACCUUAUAUGGUGAACCAAGGCUUUUUAGACCAACUGGUGUAAACAGAUACUUUUACUUGUGCUUGAAUGACUUACUAGCACUUGGAGGUGGUGGAAGUUUUGCUCUAUGCUUGGAUGGAGAACUGUUAACUGGAAGCAGUGGAGCUUGUGAAACCUUUGGAAACUUAUGCUUGGCACAUGAUGAAGAGUUCGAACUGAGGAAUGUUGAGCUGUGGGGUUUUACACAUGCAUCUCGGUACCUUACCUAGUAGAAGAUCAAAAUGGCUUUCAAAACUGUUGAUAUUGGAUUCAUUAUUCUUUGAUGUCUUAUGCAGUGCUCUCCUUGAUUCAGGAGGUUCCCUGCUGUAUAUACCCAUGUUCUUGUAGUUCAUUGAUUGCAAGGCUUUGCUGUCAAUUGUGUUCCUUUUUGCAUUGUGUUGCCUGAUCUGGUAAUAUAGCAUUCAUCCUAAGUUGAGAAGGUGUCCGUUUUUUUCCCCUGUUGCUUUGCUGCGAAUUGCGUUUUGUAAUUUGUAUCAUGACUUUGCUGGACUGUUAGCGAUGCCUUGCUUUAUAAAGUUAAGCAAUUGUAGUUUGA